UUUAAGGUUCCCUCAUGCAGAUUGCGCCUCCUCUGAACUGCCUGUCAGACAACACUGAGGGCACACUACCACAGGACUCAGCGUUUUCUCCUGGUACCUAAAACACAUUGUUAAAAACGCCGCUUGAUAACGUUCAUGAAUUCUCGCUUUAUCCGCCGCUGUCCGUGAGGAAAAAGUGACCGGUGAGCACCUGCCUUCGCACCGCAGCUUCCCCUCCGCUGGAUGAUCUGACCGGUGCACGCUGUUGCCAUGACAACAGACGAGGCGGAGAGUCACCAGAAGAAGCCGAGGCAGCAGGAGGAAGUCGGCCAGGACGCCGGGCCACCCUCACCAGAGGAGGAGCAGCUCCGGCCUCGCAACCGUAACUCUGCCGGCCGUGGCCUCUCCCGCCUCUUCUCCUCCUUCUUGAAGAGGCGCUCACAGUGUGAGAGCGAGGGGGGAGAGAAGGAGGACAAGGAAGAGGAGGAAGCUAAAGCCCCCAUCGCUGACCCAGAACCUGAACUGAGGACAGAGGGAGAGGUCGCCCUGGAUCAGCACUCAGUAAGCAGCGCUGAGGCUCAGGCCGUCCAGGUAGAGAAGAAAGAAGUGGAAGAGGAGGAGGAGGAGGAGGAGGAGGAGGAGGAGGGUGGAAAGGACGAAGACAACGACAAGGAGAAAGGAGAGGAAGCUGCCCUGGAGAAGGAGGAGGACAAGGAGAAGGAGGAGGAGAAGGAGUCCGAUCCUGUCGGAGGGAGUAAGGGAGAGGAGGAGAAGACGACAGAGGAGGAGGAGGAGGCCAAAGCUCCCAGAGCUCCACGCCGACCCAAGACCAUGCAGGUCAAAGUCACCCUGCUCGACGACACUCUGUACGAGUGCGAGCUGGAGAAACAUGCUGCAGGCCAUGAGCUGUUCAUGAAGGUGUGCGACCACCUCAACCUGCUGGAGAAGGACUACUACGGCCUGGCCAUCUGGGAGACACCUACCAUGAAGACUUGGAUGGACCUGACCAAGGAGAUUCGCAGGCAGGUACAAGGUGCAAACUACAGUUUCACCUUCAAUGUGAAGUUCUAUCCGCCAGACCCAGCCCAGUUGUCUGAAGACAUAACAAGGUACUACCUGUGUCUUCAGCUGCGGAAGGACAUCCUGCAGGGACGCCUCCCCUGCUCCUUCGUCACCCUGGCCCUGCUGGGCUCCUACGCCCUGCAGUCGGAGCUGGGCGAGUACGACCCUGAGGUGCACGCCAGUGGAUAUGCUAAGGACAUGAAAAUGGCCCAGGGUCAGACCAAGGAGCUGGAGGACAAAAUGAUGGAGCUGCACCAUACGUACAGGUCAAUGACUCCAGCCCAGGCGGACCUGAUGUUCCUGGAGAACGCCAAAAAGCUGUCUAUGUACGGAGUGGACCUCCACCAGGCCAAGGAUCUGGAUGGUGUGGACAUCAUGCUGGGGGUUUGCUCCAGUGGUCUGAUGGUUUACAAAGACAAACUGAGGAUCAACCGUUUCCCGUGGCCUAAAGUCCUCAAGGUCUCAUACAAACGCAGCAGCUUCUUCAUUAAAAUCCGACCCUCUGAGGUGGAACAGUACGAGAGCGCAAUCGGCUUCAAACUACCCAAUUACAAGGCGGCCAAGAAGAUAUGGAAAGUGUGUGUAGAGCAUCACACCUUCUUCAGACUGACCUCCACUGAGAUGGCCACCACCCCCAGGAAGUUCCUGGCGUUGGGCUCCAAGUUUCGCUACAGCGGUCGGACUCAGGCUCAGACCAGACAGGCCAGCUCUCUGAUCGACCGACCGGCUCCUCUGUUCCAGCGCUCCUCCAGCAAGAGGAACUCACGCAGCCUAGAUGGAGCCAUGGUGUCCACCCCCGAUAACAAAUCCACUCGUCCGGUCAGCGCCCCCGUUAUGUCCCCGGUGUCUCCUGGGGAGGCGUCCCCAUCGCCACUGCUGCCCGCCCUGCCUCGCUCCGACCGCCAUGACGGCUGCACACCUAAAGGUCACCGCUCUGCAGACAGGAAGGCGGAGGUAAAGAAGGAGAGUCAGCCAGCUGAGUACGGCAAGAGCCACAGCCCCAGACCGCACGCCACUCCAGAAAUCAAGACAGUGGCCAGGAGAGAGCGGAGGCACUCCCCCUCUGUGACCACCGCCAAUGGAGAAAGAGAGAAAAAGAGCCAGCACUCUCCUCAGGACAAAACAAAGACGGAGGUGGUGCGAGUGAGGAAGAAAAGAGCUAAGAAACUUGAGGGUGAAACUAUUUAUAUCAGACAUAGCAAUUUAAUGUUGGAGGACGUGGAUAAGACCCAGACUGAGAUCAUGCGUCACCACACUAGCAUCAGCGAGCUGAAGAGGAGCUUCAUGGAGUCGGUACCGGAGCCUCGGCCCAGUGAGUGGGACAAGCGUCUUUCCACCAACUCGCCGUUCCGCACGGCGAGCAUCAACGGGCAGCUCCAACCAGCGGGGAGGAUGUCCCCAGUUGUACCUGCACACAGAGUAGUUGGUGGCGUGUCUGAGCGAGGGAGGCAGUCUCUGUUCGGACACAAGGUAAGGGCAUGUAGUUUGUCCCCGGUGCCAGGGGGGCCGCCGCCGCAUAGACAUGACUGUCUGCUGGAAGAAGAUGAGGAGGACAGUGAGGUUGAGUGGGUUGAUGAUGAUGAUGAGGAGGAGGAGGAGGAGGAGGAAGAACAAGCUCAUGGUCACACUCUGAGGGUGGCUAUCAAUAUGCAAGAUGAGGAGAGGAGCUCGGUUAACCCGUGCGAGCUAAACCCAGCCAGGCUCACGCCCUCCCGGAUGUCUUUCUUCCUGUCAGGGCUGUUGGUGAUGGCCCUCACCAUGCUGUGGCUGGCCUUCAUUUAAAAGACAGUUAAACAGAGAGAUCCCUGAACAUUUAAUCCUGAAAGGGGGCCCCCACCAUCCAGAGACUGCUUCAUUCAAGAGCUGUUUUGUCCUUCUACCUUGAAGUCAUAAUUUCUACAUGUUCUAUACCUACAGUUAUUCCUGUUACUUUCUUACAUGCAUCUUGUUUUAGCCACAAAUGGCCAAACUCAAAAAGAAGUUUUACUCUUUAAAGUGAGCUUAUGUAACUUAUGCUGAACUGAGGCCACAAUUAGCCAUUGACCCUUGCUGAGCUCCUCCCCUGCUUAUUUAGUGUUGCCUGUCAACCUCUCUACAGUGAUGAAGGUGGCAGAUUUAUUAGGGAAAAUCCACAGCAAGUCCGUAUCCUCUCAGUUGGAGGUAAUGCAAAUUCUUGUUUUUACCCUAAACGUUUUGCUGAGUUAGCAAAGGCUAGCUAAUUACCUAUACCUUAAGUGCUUCAAAACCGUCUCCUGCUUUUGACUAAGAAUACAUCGACACCCACAUCCAUGAUCAUGUAUCCAUGCUAACACCUUGUAUAUGUCUGGACUUAUGGUCAAAUUGAUUGUAUAACUGCAAUGUCAUCUGACAAAAUCAUCAAACACAUACACAAUGAAAGACAAAGACUGAGCUGGAUUUACUGUAACAUGAUUACUCAAGAAAGUUAGAAGAGACACAAUAUCUUUCUUAUUUAGUCUCUCACACAGAGCACAGCCUCCGUCUGGAUCCACAAUAGUUUAUUCUUUAUUUUACUUAAACUCCAGGAAGUUACAUACUUUCAUUAAAGACAGGUCUUUGUGUCGAACUCCCUGUUUGAUAUGUAGAGUUGGUCAUAGUCGUUACUACGAAGCCUCGUUACCGAUGACUUCUCUCUCUCUCCCUCCCUCUCUCCUGCUCUCUCUGCUCGGUGUGUCUUAUGUUUAGUUACGUCUCUGCCUCCUUGAGUAAUACUGAUACAUGUGAUGAAAGAAGUUUAUUUGCUGUAAUGGAGGUGAGGCUCAGUGUAUUGGAAGUACUCCUCCUUUUCCCUGCAGUUCCCGAGAAGCUGGGAAACCAGAGUGGCUCGAAGACUGCCUGUAACAAGAGGUGUAGUCCUGAUCCCCCUGGUCAGCAUCCAUACAUGGUCCAGACCUGAACCAGGUUUAUACCCAGUCUGUUUGAAACAAAGUCUCUAAACCCAGAGACAAUUAUUCAGUUCAGUUUAAAGAUUCACACAAUAUAGUUCAUUCACUUUUUACCUUUAGCUAAGUGGUCGCAUCACCGUUUAAAUUUACUUCUGUAAGUACAACAGUAAGUGAAUGCAUCACCAUUCAUAGAGUUACAAUGUGCAGGUCUGCAGCUAUUGCGUUUAGUUAUAAAACACUGCACAUAAGGUAAAUAGCUCAGCAGCCUAUUGUUGUGGACAAUGUUAUCAUUAUGAUUUUUUCUGUGGCUUUCACAGUGUUUGAUUCAGCUUUAAACGAAGAGGUAACAACCUCUGAGCCGCAGCUGAGCUGAUGGCAGACCUCACAGUCACCAGUGAGGAGCUACACUGCUAAACCACUUCUUCACAUGUAAUGAAUCCCUCUAAAGGCUUUGGGAAUUAAAACUAACCACUGCGUUUGGCAAACAUAACACUAUCUCGGGGGAAAUAGCUUUGCUGGGUUGUUGGUACUGGAGUGUAAACUUCCCAAAUCCAAUAAACAGCAGGAGAGAGACAGAGGUAUGGUUUCCUCUGGGACCAGCUCUCACACGGAGGAUGCUCCAGUCCUUUGUUUUAUGUAACCCAUAACCCCACAAAGCAGGCAUGCUAACAUUAGCAGUUUGAGUUAAAGCAGACAAACACACUGUUUAAUUUGUUCCUUACACUUUUGCUUUUGUGUUCCUGAUCAGGAAACCUGUGGUUGCUAAGCUAUCGUUCAGGGGAGACACUGAGCAAAAGGUCAAUGACAGUGGUGUGAUAAAUGCUAAAAUACUAAACGUGUGAUAAAAUCGGUAAAAUCCCUGGUAAUCUUAGUUAAAACCGUGACCAGUGUUAGCUAACAUUAUCCACCAUAAGCUAUUGGUCACACCAGACCAAGUAGCAGUUAAAGAGUUACAUUCUCUCGCUUAAAGAAUCAGUGAAGUAUCAUUUCUUUUUCAGAAAAAAUUUAAAUUUUCUGUGUUCUCAUAAAUGAAACGUGAUAAUACAGAGUGUGAUGUUACUAAUACCGUAUUUCCUCUAAUAGUGGCCGGGGCCUUUAUUUACCCCGACUGCGGAAGGUAACAAGGCUUUAUUUCUAACUCUCUCAGUUUGAUAACUACAAUUGGUCAUAUUUUAGUAGGAAGCCUCAUUUUGGUCCUCUCCUGUUUGCCCUGUUAAAGUUACUGCUUUACACUGUUAAUACAAUACAAAUACGCUUCCUGUAACUAUUUCAAAUUAAAUGCUCUUUAGUGUUCUAGUGGACAGGAACGCUUCAUUUCUUAACAGGGCUUUUAUUGUGAAACAUUUUCAGGUAUACCAUAUGACAUGAUUAAAGGAGGACAAAGCAAAGUGGAUUAGAAUGAAUUAAUCAAAUACUUUAGAUGAAUAAAUCCAGAAUGACAAAGUGUUAAAAACAGCAUGAUUAACCGGCUGCACAUUAUAUGACAGACACCAGGGGCCAGAUGCAUAAAACUCUGUAUAGACUCAUGACUAAAACUAUGUGUAAGCACAAAACCAGAAAUAUACAUGCACAUUCUUUUCAUCAGGAUUAUAAAGCUGUGUGUUCACAUGGUUCAGCUUUAUGAAUUUCACUCACUGAGAAAUUGGGCGCAUGUGCGGGAGCCUCAUUUCCACUCCCACAAGAAGCCAUACAUGGAUGAAGACCCUCCCUUAAUCAAUCAGUUUGUAUUAAAAAACACUGUCUGUGCCACAAGUGAUCAGACACAGAGAGGAAAGACGAGAAAGAAUUUCACUGAUUGUGAAACUAAGGUAAAAACGUGCAUCAGUUUACUUUAGUAUAACCACUCUAAUGUAAAGUCCUGCUUCACUCUGAACUUCAUUUAUUGGGACUAGAGAGUCUUAAUAAGGUUCCACAGGCUCUAACACUGUGAUCAGUGAAUAUUCAAAUAGUAUCAGACAAUUACAGAAUGACUCACAAUAAAUAAUCAGGAUAUGAAACGAUGCUGAAAGAAACAUUGAGCACAAACACAUUUUUUCUGUUUAUAAUUGUAAAAUCGUUAUUCCUGUGUGAACAGUAAAACUUAUGAUGAUAAUGAAUGAAGCUCCGUGAAGUUGAUUAUUUUAUUUUAUGUUAAAUUACAUGUCUCAGCUUAUUUUUGGUUCAUUUUCACUGUUCAAAGGAAUGAGUGACGUGACACAGUCUGUGUUUACAAAGACCAAUUUAUGUGUGGACAAUUGCAUACGCAUGGUUUUUGUAUGUACACAUCAUUUAUGCAUCUGGCUCCGGGAGUUUAUCCACUUGUGUUGGCCUUUAUUUGUUUGUGUUGACCACGCCCCCAGCCAUUAUUGGAGACUCGGCUUUUAUUUGACUGAAGGAAAUAUGGUAACUAUAAUUUAGCACUUGCAUUGUAUAUACAGUAUGUUCUCCUUAGUGGUUAGCACUUUUUGCUGCUACAUUACAGGAACGUAGUAAGUUGCAUGAUACAUUUCGAAAUAUACUGAGACCUCACUUAGGAUGUUUCUGUUGUACAGCACCUGGACAACAUUCAGCUCUGUGGAGGAAGAACAGUUCAGUCAGUUGACCACAGCUCUCAGACAGUGUUAAGAAUCUGUGUGAAGCUCAGCAGAUUGCUGCUGUGACUGACAUGCAUUAGGCCCAUGUUAAUCUCGGACCAAGUGUCAGCAAUCAGGUUGAAGUGUAAUAUAAGAGUCCAUUAGUAGAGAGGAGGUAAGAAGUUAACUCAGGAAUGCAUCACAACGAUUUUAUACUUUUCCAGUGACUUGUAGUCAAAUAAUGAUUCUGACUUCAUUAAUAACUGAAGCUGUAAUCAAUGAUUGGACCAACCGUGUAGACACAGCCACAACAUUAGGAUAAUACAACAGCGACCAAAUGGAAUAAAACUGUAGAUCAAUGAAGAGUAAAUAUUUUUGUAGUCGUCCAGAGGUGAAGAAGAGUGGCCCUGAGCAACAUUUGGUUCAGUGGCUGUAGUUCAGGGAGUGACUGAGCUAUCUCAAUAUUUAAAGCUUACAGCUAAUGAAACUAUUUGCAGCACAAACAGUUUUUAAGUGGCUUUUGAAAGGGUUUCAUGAGCCUAACAGGAGAAUGUCCUAAACCUAUAAAGAAACAUGUAAUCUUAAUCAAUGAAACUUAUCAACAUAUCUGGAGAUGUGUGGUUUUCAUUGGACAAUGAGGUCCAGCCUCCAAUGAGGAUAAAGUGAUUUAAAUAUGUAACACAUCAUGUUGAAGUAGUCGGCUCAGUGCGAUCCUGCAGUGCUCAUGUACCUUCAAAUGCCUUAAACUGUAGCUGUUGAACUUGUUAAGGCAUGGUGUACUUGUUUACAUGACAUCAUCGCUGGUUAUCAAAACAACCUGUUAGUUGCAUGACUGUAGGAGGUAUUCUUUGUAUGUGCAGCUAUGAUAUGCAACUUUUCUAAGUGAUUUUCUUUGUGACUCAUAUUGAUGAACCCUGAAAGUCUGGUCACAGCAGAAAUUAUAACAGCAAACAUUUUGGACAUUUCAUUUCUGCCACUGCAGUGCAUUACUGCUGGAUCCUGUCAUAGAGGAAGUCUGUGUGGAGCUUCACUUCGGUGCUCUUUGGUUUUGUGCUGUUAAACAUUUGUAUAUGUACCCACUGCAUUAGCUGUUCGCCCAUCUAAUUUUGAUUAACCCUGCUCUACAAUGGAGAUGUUCAGACCAAACAAGGUGAAUGACCACCUUGCGCUAGUCACAUAAAUUUGUGUUUAUUCAGUCCAAACAGCCAACGUACCAAUGGUGCCAAGUGUUAGCUGUGGCUAGCAGCUGCUAGCACCUUCUCAGAAGGAUAAUGCCAGAAGUCAGCAGGAAGUUCUGUUAUUUUCCUCCAGUCUCUUCUUUUCCUGUCCUCUCUAUAGAUUUAGGAAGUAGACUUUUCCCCCCAUCUAAAAUUUGCCUCAUGUUCUGUCUCAACACACCUUAAUAAUUUAAAUACAAUCCCUGAGUGACCAGCGUAAUCAUAGAAAUCUCCCAAAGUGCACAGUACCAUUGUUGACCAAGGAGACCUACUCCUGGAGUUACAACAUUGUCUGAAACUGACACCGACAUGGAUGUCUAACACAUGGUGACAAGGGGCAGUGAGGUGGAGGUGGGCCUGGAGCACUUGAACUCAAAGCUAAAAUCAGUACCUUCCUUGGUGCAGUGGCUCUCUCCAGCAGUGAGAAGUAAUGGAAAUAUGUUGGAUCUACAGUAAAGGUUCCAGAGUUACCACUGCAGACCAUGGGCGAUACUUCGGGCCCAACAGUGUUUCAGGUUCUUAUGCUCCUGAUUUUGAUCCCAGAGCUGGCAGCAAAAUUAACAACACAAUUCUUUUGCGUAUCCAAGAAAAGUCGAGGGCAACUGGACUUGUUGUUAAUACUUAAAGAUGUUUCACCUCUCAUCGAAGAGGUUUCUUCAGUUCUGACUGACUGGUUGGAGACCCAGGUAUUUAGCCUCUGUGGGGUCGUUAUCAAGGUCAUUGAUGCACUUGAUUAGUGCUCCUGGUUGUUGUAACGACAGUCGUUAGACUUGUUGGAGUCACAUGAUGGGCAAGCGUGAUUGUUUGUUAAAUCUUCUGCGAGGGGAUGAAAGGACAGUUGGGGGGAGGGGGAGAGGUGAUGUCAUAGGGUUCGUCCACAGUACUAUGAUCUCUGUCCAGACAACUGUUUUAGCUCUGUAUCAGAAACAAUCUCUGUCCAGACUAUCACACCUGAAAAUUCAUUAUCAUGUAUUUACUACUGGUAGUCCAGGCUGAUAAGACCCAAUCAGGAGAGACCGUGCGUCUCUACAUCAUUGUUUCCAAAGGUCUCAGUUUUGGUCCGUCCAGACGACAAAACAACCCCAGAGUUUUCAAAAUAAAACACAACCCUAGAGUUUUCAAAUUAAAACAGGUCCAGCAGAGUUUCCAAAAGUUUUCAAAAGUGCUAAAUGUAGAAGAAGAGAUGCACUUUGGAACGAAACAAUAGUAAUGUGGACAUAGCCUUAGACUUCCUCAUCUUUUAAGAGAAGGUUUCUCUACCUUCUGGCUAAAUUCAUACACUUGUACCAGCUCUAGGAAACAGCCAUAUGCUUGCACCAGUCAGAUACUGACAAAGGCUCUUUUCUUCUAUCGUCUUCACAUUGUUAAUAAGUUACCAAACUAACUGUCAGUGUUCAGAAUGGAAGCAUUACAACCUUACACAGUUAAAUUAUAAACAGGUAGCAUCAACGCACGUAUAACAAUGAGUAGAGGGAAAGAAUUAUUGAUUUAAUCUGUUGAUAGCUUUAUGAAGCCAAUAGCUAACUUUCGUUUUUGAGAUGAUAAUCAAGCAUAAACUCGGUUCCUGCACACCUGCACCAGAAAGGUAUGCCCAGUACUUGAAAGCUCAGAAUGUUGCGGUCCAAACCCACACUACCAGGCCCAGUUUGGAACAGUUGUUGGGAAGCUCAGAUCCAUUACUAAAGUUUUUUGUGUUGUACGAUUCGUCCAACAUGGAGCUUAAUAGAUACAGAAGAUUCCAGAUACCACCUGAGAAAGGAACCUGACAGCAGCAGAAUGAUUGAACAGCAGUCCUGGGAUCUGAGUGGUUAAAAGGGGGAAUUUGGAGAAGAUAAAAUAGACAGCUGAGAGGUGUCAGUUGUCUUGCAGUUCUCUUAUCUUAUUGUUGUUGCUGUAGCGUUCCUGUUGUACUGCAGCAGUGACUGAAAAUGUCUCUUCUACCAACUACACAUAGAAUCAUAAAAAAUUAAUUUUACAAUAUGGAACUAAAAAGUGAACGUUGUUUAAUGUUCCAGUGUUUUUAAAAUAAUAAGGGUGAGGGUCAGGUGACUAGAACUCUUUGCAAAAAUAAGGGAACAACCAGGAUCAUAACCAGACACAGACUCUUGUCUCUAGCAAUAAAGUCAGAUGCUGUACCUAACCACCCAUCACCCCAACCUCCACACCCUUACGUUCACUACAUGAAGGGCACACGACUUCCUACAGACAUGAAUUUGUCAAUAGCACCAAAAAGUACUGAAAGUUGGCAUCAGAGGUUUGGUCAAAUUUAUAAUGCAGUAGCUUAUUCUUUGAUCAGAUAUUUCCUGAUUUAAAUCACAGUUUUACCAGUUUUAUACUUUUUAUUACGGCAAAGUUCUAGUUCGGCUGAUUGUUGUUUUACAUUUAACACCUAAGAAAUUUGGCUUCUAAAAGACAGAUUGUAGAAAAACAUUUUGUGUUUGUGAAAGUAAACAGUCGAUCCAGACAUUGCAAGCAGCAGUUCUGUUGUCACAUAACAGACGCUGCAGGGUACUGUGAUUCUCAUUCUGCUGGUAGUAGAUACACUCAGUGAGCACUUUAUUAGGAACAGCACACUAACUGGGUAGUUCCUCAGUUCUUCAUGUCAUGGCUCCCCCAGAUGUUGAAACUUUCCUCUGGGACUCUGCUCCAUGUUGACAUGAUGCAUCAUUUCAUUUCUGCUGAUCUGUCAGCUGUACAUUCAAGCUGCCAAUCUUCUGUUCUACCACAUCCCAAAUGUGUUCUACUGGAUUCAGGUCUUCAGACUGGGGGGGUCACUGAAGUUCACUGAACUCACUGUCAUGUUGAUGAAAGCAGUUUGUGACAUGGAGUAUGAACCUGCUGGAAGGAGCUAUUAGAAGAUGGUGAACUGUGGUUAUGAAGGAUGAACAUGUUCAGCAACAAUACUCAGAUUGACUGUGACAUUCAGACCAUGAUGGAUUGGUAUUAAGAAGAAAACAUUCCCCACACCAUCACACCUCCACCACCAGCCUGGACUGUUGACACCAGGCAGGUUGGUCCAUGGAUUCAGACUCUGACUCUACCAUCUGCUGCCUCAGCACAAAUCCACAUCCAUCAGACCGCUGUCCAGUGUUGGUGAGUCUGUGUUCACUGCAGCCUCAGGUUUCUGGUCUGGGUGACAGGAAGUGGAACCUGACGUGGUCUCUGCUGUUGAAGGUUGGACGUGUUUUUCCCUCUGAAGCUUCUCUGCUCAGCACAGUUGGAAAGAGUGGUUAUCUGAGUGACCGUAGCCUUUCUGUCCAACCAGUCUGUCCAUUCUCCUCUGACCUCUGACCUCUCUCAUCAACACAGAGCUGCUGCUCACUGGAUGCUUUUGUUGUCUCUCCAUUCUGGGUGAAAAUCCAGGAGAUCAACAGUUUGAGAAACACUCAGACCAGCGUCUGACACCGACAAUCAUGUCACAGUCAAAGUCACUGAGUCACAGUUUUCCUCAUUAACUGAAGCUCCUCACCUGGAUCUGCAGGAGUUCAUACACUGCUGCCACAUGAUUGGCUGAUUGGAUAAUUGCAUGAAUAAGCAGGUGCACAGGUGUUCCUAAUAAAGUGCUCAGUGAGUGUACAUUUCAAUUGUUAUUCAGUGUGAAAAGUUGCAUAUUUAGCUUUAAAUUUGGUCUGCAUAUGAGUCUGAACAGUGCAGGUAGAGAGAUUGAUCCUUUGUUUCAGGGUUAGAUAACAUUUACUGAAGUUUUGUCAUGGUUCAUAUGUUAAAGCUUGAAGUGCAGUUUGUUGCUGGCCUCAGUCUGGUCCACUAAGAUGUGUAGUGUCAUGUUAGUGGACCAUGUAAUCUUUAAUGUUUCUUCCCUUUUACUGACCAGUUUCCUGUUGUUCCUUCCACAAUAUCGUUAGUUUCCUGAGAACCUUUCCAGGUUUUGUUUUUUAAAGGAGAUAUUUGUUUUACUUUUCUUGCAUCGCUAAACCAUCUUCUAAGAAUCCAUUGCCAUAUACUGUAUCAUGGAUUCUUCAAUAUAGUUUCAAAGUUUAAAAAAUGUUGUUUCCACAGUAUAGAUGAUGCUCAGACUCACACCUUUAAAAUGUAACUGUAAAAACAUAUGACUGGGUGUAAACAAACUCUGGGAAAGUAUAAUGUUUACCCUUUGAAAUGUUGGUGGGACUGACGUAAUACAAGCUUUCACAUGUCUUUACUACUUUUACAACGCUGCUGAUUAAACAAAUACAAACAUAAAAGAGGGUGCAUGCUCAGUAAAUGGUGGGUGUGUGCACAUGUGUAUCACCUGCUGAUAAUUCAGUGUCGUUGGAUUUGUUUUGAUAAUUCUAAAUCUGUAAUCCUGUACUUUUCACUGUGACACAGUAGUACAUGACACUUUUUUUUCAUUGUCUCCUGAUGGACAUCCCCUCAUUCAGCCACUGGAUUUAUCUGUCUUGGUAUAUUGUGACUUUUCUAGUAUUACUUUUAAGCUACAGCAAGGCGUGUUACAGGUACUAUAAAAAAUAAUAAAUGUAUCAAAACUGA